CUGACCACACAUUGUCUGAGUGGGCUGUUGGUGGACUAUAACAGCUCGGAUCCAGCGGAUUUAAACCGCAUCUGGACGAGGAGGAGACACAGAACCGAGCAGGACACCAUGAAGCUGCAAGUGGUCUUUCUGUUGAUCUGUUUGUUCCAGUCAAGCUUCACUUUGCCUUUGCAGAUUGGACUUAUUGCAAGCAACAGCAAUGAGAUCCUGAGACUGAAUGGGUUAACUCUUGCAGCUCUUGGACAAACGCAGGCAUCUUCGUUAUUCCCUCAGUAUGUUCUGCAGCAGCAGACUCCUGAGGUCCUGCUUACACCACAGGUGGUGAAUCUGAACCCUCAAGUUGCAGGUCCAUUCGGUCCCCAGGGCCCACAGCUGCUGCUUCCCAAUCAGGGCAACCCGCUGACUCCAGUGCUUCUUCCCAACGGGCAGCAGGAGCCGCUCGGGCCUCCACAAGACCCAAACAAUCCUAAUGUUCCUCAGCAGACCCAAAACACUCCUCAGAUGUAUCCACCCUUUCAGUACCCAUCUUUUGGAUUUCCUCAGUUUCCCAGGCAGCAGGGUUACCCUUACUUUGUACCACCUUACGUCUACCCCCAGCGGAGGAACCCUAUUGUACUGCCUAACAACGGACAGCAGAACCUGGAAAGAACCACUCAAAGACCACAACUCCCACUACAGCAGGGCUUUAAGCCAAAGCUUCCAACAGAAAAAACGUGGGCCGCGGGGACACAGAAAGAGUCCACCACCAUCCCUCCUGAUCCUCGUGGUGACACGACUGGCCCUGGGAUUGAUGAAGCUAACGGCAGCUUCCCUUUCCUGUUCGAGCCUUAGAUCUCAUCUACAAAAUAAAAGCACCAACUGAGGCAAAACUGCAUGAAUGUGUUUGUCCCAACCUAACUGAAACUUUAUUAUUACUCCCACAAACAUGUUAAAUAAAUAAUUUUGUCAAAUGAA